AUGCAGAAUAUUAGUUUUCUAGAGUUCCAGUACAAGCUUUCAAGAAGCAAGCUUCUGCGAAGGCCAUCCCGAUUGUUCUCUUCCCGGGACAGGCAAAGCUCUAGCACCAGCAGGACCAGCACACCACCCACUUUGCAGCCAAAUUUGAGCGAGAUGAGGCAGGUUUUCAAUAAAUUUGAUUCAAACAAAGACGGCAAAAUUUCUCAGCAGGAGUACAAGGCCACACUAAGAGCUCUGGGACAGGAAAACAUGAUAGGAGAAGUGCCAAAGAUUUUCCAGGUGGUUGAUAUGGAUGGAGAUGGAUUUAUAGAUUUCACAGAGUUUGUUGAAGCUCAAAAGAAGGGAGGAGGCAUUAAGACGACAGACAUUCAAGGUGCUUUUCAAGCAUUUGACGUUAACGGAGACGGGAAGAUAACUGCUGAGGAACUUAUGGAAGUCUUAAGGUGUCUCGGUGAGAGUUGCAGCCUAGAGGAUUGCCGGAGAAUGGUGAGGGCAGUUGAUGCUGAUGGUGAUGGUAUGGUUAACAUGGAUGAGUUCGAAACCAUGAUGACAAAGACUUUUAUUAAUCGAGAAUGAGAGGGCCUAUUCUUUUACGAAGGCUUCGUUUACUUGUAAUCCUUUUCUGUGACAAAUGCAACUGGAUAACUUCUUAUUCAGAAUUCUUCAUGUGAUGCAUAUGUUUAUAAACCAUAAUAAAGUGUUUCCUUUUAUUAUA